UCCGAGAUGCCGGAGGAGCAGGAUCUGGCUGAUGCCCGCCAGGUUAGAAGUAAUGACCUGAAUACCACUCAGAAACAUGGAACCCAGCCAUCGAGGGCCAAUGAACAACCAAACAACAUGAGACAAGACAAACAGCGACCACCACUGCAGUAUCGGAGCACCGGAUCACAGCGACCGUCCCGAUACUCUCAACUGAGACGACGACAAACAAACCAGACCAGUCGCACGAACCAAACGAUCCCUUCUCUUGCAGGCCCACGAGAAACCGACCCCAACUCAACUUACGUUCACCCAGAGUAUCAUGACAUGAAUCCCAACUACGGGAAGGCCAAUGAAGAGCCGGUUUGGGGUUUAGCAAAACCCCUUCCGCGUGUUGUCCGACCAGGCAUGCGUCGCCAUGAUGGCGGUGGGACAUCGUCCGCCUACCCAACAGGACAAAAGGGAGAGUCAGAACCAGUGCCCGAGUUGGAGGUGACUCCCGAUCAGGCAGACGAGCAAGGAAAUGCUGACCAAGCGGUCUCGAGUCCUCGGUCGGGGGCCCAGGAUGACACAAUGCUGCACCAGGAGAUGUCCAAUGUGGACCCCCCCGACCGUGUGCCACGUCCAGUAGAAGACGAGGUGACAGAGGAUGGGAGCAAGCCGUACGGGGGCCAGUCAGAGCAUUUCAACAAGUGGUCUAUGGUGCGGCAUAAACUGCGGGAGCCUUUUGCUGAAUGGCUAGGGACCACCGUGGCGAUGCUAAUCGGAUUAUGUGCCACUCUGGCAAUUUCCACUGGGGGAAAUGAUGCAGGUAACAGACUCGCUCUUUACUGGGCGUGGGGCCUGGCUAUUACCGUGGGGAUCUACAUUGCUGGUGGCGUCAGCGGUGGACAUCUCAAUCCGGCUAUUUCUAUUGCCUUAUGGAUUUAUCGAGGGUUUCCCGGUCGGCGAUGUAUCUAUUAUGUGAUUGCCCAGAUUCUGGGGGCUCUCACGGCCGGUGGGCUGGCGUAUUGCAUAUACCGCGACUCGAUUUUCCACAGCGGUUCCAACAGCGGCUCCGGCAUCACAAUGGGAGCGACUGGUCUAGGGUUCUAUACCGAGCCCUUGACGUACGUGCGCAAUGUGACGGCCUUCUUCAACGAAUUUGUCGCUGCCGCUAUUCUAAUCUGCACAAUCUUUGCAAUGGGGGACGACAGCAAUGCUCCGCCUGGUGCGGGUAUGCACUCAUUCAUCAUUGGCCUCUUGAUCUUUGUUUUAACCAUCGGGUUUGGUUACAAUACUGGGGGAUGUUUCAACCCUGCCAGAGACCUUGGUCCUCGCCUGGUAGCCCUGAUGGCAGGAUACGGUGGAAGCACGUUCACCGAAAGAGGGGGGUGGUGGUUUUGGGGUGCUUGGCUGGCUACCAUAUCUGGUGCCUGGUCGGGGGUGCAGUGUAUGAUGUUUUCAUCUUCGUUGGUGGGGAGUCUCCGAUAA